AUGAAGUUCUACAUGAUUUUGAUGAUGUUGAUGUUGCCGUCAUCAGGGCAUGCAAAGUGUGUUUGUCCCAAAGGUUGGUCCGUCUACGCCAGGCACUGCUAUCUUUACGUGUCACGACCGGAAUUCUUCUACAAUGCCGAAACAAUCUGUCUUAGCAAGAGCCUCAACGGUCGCGAAUCCCACCUCGCUUCGGUACUAGAUGAUGGGGAAUCGGAUUUCAUCGCGGAGUUAGCCGAGAGGACAUAUUUCUGGAUAGGUCUUAAAGGCUACUAUAGCUACUCCUCGUGGCAAUGGACCGACGGAGAACCAUACUUGUUCACCAAUUGGGGUAAACCAAAGACUACUAGAGAUAGAAGAAUGCAUUUCCUCUUCGACUUCAAGUUGUUACUUCUACUAGCAGGUAUCGUGCACUACGGGCAUGCAGGCUGUCUCUGCCCGCUGGGAUGGGAUGCUUACAGACGGCAUUGCUAUCUGUACGUGGAACAACAAGAGACUUUCAACACCGCCGAGAGCAACUGCAACGCCCGGGCGCAAGGCGGCCGAGAGUCCCAUGUCACCUCGGUACUGGACACGGACGAAGCUGCGUUCCUCGCUGGGUACAUUCAGCACGGUAGUGCCUGGAUCGGGUUUACGGACAUCGCCAUAGAAGGGAACUGGGUGUGGCAGGACGGUCAACCCACCGGGCCCCAAGACUGGUGGUAUCCUAACCAACCUGAUAACGCAGCUGGUAACGAGGAUUGUGUCCACAUGGGGGCUAAUAUGGGUUGGAAUGAUUACCCUUGUCAUUAUAAGUUACCUUAUAUCUGCAAGAUGCUUCAACGAUACCAGUACCGACCUCACCGAUAA